AUGAAUCAACGAACAACUGCUGCAGUUCGAACACCAGCCGGAUGUAAAACACCGUUUGAAGUGGUAACUGGCGUAAGACAAGGCGUAGUGGCAGGACCCUUCGUAUUCAAUUUUGCCAUCGACGACAUUAUGCGAAGAACAGUUGACCAGUGUCCUGCCGACAUUGUCUUAGCACCAUCAGGGUGCCCCUUGACUGAUCUCGACUACGCCGACGAUGUUGUUAUAUUCGCGGAAAGCAGUACGAAACUUCAAAAUUUUGUCAAUUUUGUAUCGAAGCUGGCUGCAGCCUAUGGACUACGUCUAAGCCCUGAUAAAUGCAAGCAGAUGUGGAUCUCUUCGAGACCUCGAACGGGAAUCAGGGUGGACGGACAACCGAUAGAACUCGUCGAUGAGUUCUGCUACCUGGGCUGUACGCUGAAAAACAACGGCAGCUAUGAGAGAGAUGUUCAGCACAGAUGCGCUAAGGACACUUCUGCAUUUAACUCCUUAACGAAAUGUCUGUGA